CAUGUUUAUAUUUAUCUAAUUAAAUAAUUGAAUAACAAUAAGAUGGUUUGUGUUACGUAGCUGAAGUACAAAUGUAUAUUAAAAUAAUUCAUUACAAUAAUAAAUUGUACAACAAUAUUGUUAGUUUGUCUAGUGAAAAAUAGUUGAAGAUGGCAGGCGCUGAUAAAGUAUCUUUGCAAGAUGCAUUGUCGAAUGUUGACGUAUUAGAUGAAUUGACUUUGCCGGAUGAACAACCAUGUAUUGAAGCUCAACCUUGUUCAGUUGUGUACCAGGCCAAUUUUGAUACAAAUUUUGAAGAUAGAAAUGGUUUUGUCACUGGCAUUGCAAAAUAUAUUGAAGAAGCUACAGUACAUGCUAGCUUGAAUGAAUUACUAGAGGAAGGCCAACAACAUGCUGUUAUGCUUUAUACAUGGAGGUGCUGCUCUCGAGCAAUUCCUCAACCCAAAUCAAAUGAACAACCUAAUCGAGUUGAAAUUUAUGAAAAAACAGUUGAAGUCUUGGCUCCUGAAGUCAAUAAACUCCUUAAUUUUAUGUAUUUCCAGCAUAAAGCUAUUGAAGGGUUUAGUAUGGAAGUUAAACGGCUUUGUCAUUCAGAAAAACGCAAAGAUUUUGUAUCUGAAGCAUAUUUAUUGACACUUGGUAAAUUUAUAAAUAUGUUUGCUGUUCUUGAUGAAUUGAAAAAUAUGAAGUCCAGCGUGAAGAAUGAUUAUAGCACAUAUAGAAGGGCUGCUCAAUUUUUAAAAGUUAUGUCAGAUUCUCAAACUUUACAAGAAUCUCAAAACCUGUCCAUGUUUCUUGCCACACAGAAUAAAAUCAGAGAUAAGGUGAAGGAAACUUUAGAAAGAAUUCCUGGAUAUGAAGAACUUUUAUCAGAUGUUGUGAAUAUAUGUUUGCAUAUGUUUGAAACUAAAAUGUAUUUAACACCUGAUGAGAAGCAUAUGCUGGUUAAGGUUAUGGGUUUUGGUCUUUUCUUGAUGGACAGCGAAGCAUGUAAUAUCAAUAAACUAGAACAAAAAAAGAAACUUCGACUGGAUAGAUUUGACAGAAUAUUCAAGAAUUUGGAAGUAGUUCCAUUGUUUGGAGACAUGCAGAUAGCACCAUUUAAUUAUGUAAAACGCAGUGCCCAUUUUGAUCCAUCUAAAUGGCCAUUAUCUUGUUCAACUACCAUAAGCCCACAGGCAGAUUUAAUGGUACAUUUACCUCAAAUUAGGGAGGGACAUGUGAAAUACAUAUCAGAAUUAGCAAGAUAUAGUAAUGAGGUGACAACCACUUACAAAGAAUCAGGCACAGAUGCUGAGAACAGAGAAACAGCCGAACUUGCACUUAGAGGUCUCCAGCUACUUUCUGAGUGGACUUCUGUAGUAACUGAAUUAUAUUCAUGGAAACUUUUGCACCCUACUGAUCAUCACCAAAAUAAAGACUGUCCUAAAGAUGCUGAAGAAUAUGAGAGAGCUACUCGUUAUAAUUACACUGAUGAGGAGAAAUUUGCACUGAUCGAAGUUAUUGCAAUGAUCAAAGGCUUGCAGGUUCUUAUGGCUCGAAUGGAAACUGUUUUUACAGAUGCUAUAAGAAGAAAUGUUUAUGCGGAGUUACAAGAUUUUGUACAGUUGUUAUUGAGAGAACCAUUAAGGAAAGCUAUUAAGAAUAAAAAGGAUUUGAUUAGAAGUAUUAUAGUUUCUGUGCGGGAAACUUGUGCAGAUUGGCAAACUGGCUCAGAGCCUCAAGCUGAUCCUGUUUUGAAAGGAAAAAAAGAUCCUGACAAUGGAUUUCCUAUUAAAGUUCCUCGAAGAAAUGUUGGCCCAUCAUCAACACAGCUUUACAUGGUACGAACUAUGUUAGGUUCACUGAUUUCAGACAAGUCUGGUGGAAAAAGAACCCUUCGGAAAGAUAUUGAUGGGGGCUGUUUAGUUCAAAUUGAUCAGUUUCAUAAGAAUAGUUUUUAUUGGAAUUAUUUAUUAAGCUUCAGUGAAUCUCUGCAAAAAUGUUGUGAUCUAUCACAAUUAUGGUAUCGAGAGUUCUAUCUGGAAAUGACCAUGGGAAGGAAAAUCCAGAAAUGUACAGUAAGACAUCAACACAAUGAAGAGUGUUCCGACCUUAUAACAAUGGAGAAACGAAUUCAAUUUCCAAUUGAGAUGUCGAUGCCCUGGAUUUUAACAGACCAUGUUUUGAGAACUAAAGAACCCAGUGUUAUGGAAAGUGUUUUAUAUCCCUUGGACUUGUAUAAUGACAGUGCUCUAUAUGCUUUAACAGUCUUUAGAAAACAAUUUCUUUAUGAUGAAGUGGAAGCUGAAGUUAAUUUAUGCUUUGAUCAAUUUGUAUACAAACUUAGCGAACAAGUAUUUGCGCACUACAAGCAGCUGGCUGCCAGUAUUCUGCUAGAUAAACGAUAUCGUGCUGAGUGCACAGCCUUGGGCUCAUGCAUUUUAGCAUUUCCAAAAGCAAACCGUUAUGAAACCCUUUUAAGACAAAGGCAUGUUCAGUUACUAGGAAGAUCAGUAGAUCUUAACAAAUUAAUAACUCAAAGAAUAAAUGCAGAUAUGCAAAAAUCAUUAGAUUUAGCUGUUGCCAAAUUUGAAGCCGGUGAUAUUACUGGUGUUGUGGAACUGGAAGGAUUAUUAAAUGUUAAUAGACUUUGUCACAAAUUAUUGAGCAAAUGGCUGGCUCUGGAUGAAUUUGAUGCCAUGUUUCGUGAAGCAAAUCAUAAUGUUUUAGCACCCUAUGGUAGAAUAACUCUCCACGUAUUUUGGGAAUUGAAUUAUGAUUUUUUGCAAAAUUAUUGCUACAAUGCAGCAACCAAUAGAUUUGUAAGAUGUCGUGGUAUACAAUUUGCACAACCAAUUCACAGGGACAAACCUCCACAAAUGUCAUAUGCAUAUCAUUGGGGCUCAAAGCAUCUAAGUACUGCUUAUAAUACUCAAUAUGGUCAAUAUGCAGGUUUUGUUGGAACACAGCAUUUCCAUGCUAUGUGUAGAUUGUUGGGCUAUCAGGGUAUUGCUGUUGUUAUUGAAGAGUUAUUAAAAACCGUUAGAUCUUUAAUUCAAGGAAGUCUCUUACAAUUUACUCGUACCUUAAUGGGAGCCAUGCCAAAACAGUGCAAGCUCCCGCGGUAUGAUUAUGGCUCACCUGGUGUUCUAGGUUACUAUCAUGCACAGUUGACUGAUAUUGUGCAAUAUCCAGAUGCAAAAACUGAAUUGUUUCAUAAUUUUCGGGAAUUUGGCAAUACAAUAUUGUUUUGUUUGUUGAUGGAACAAGCUUUGAGUCAGGAAGAAGUUUGUGAUUUGUUACAUGCAGCACCAUUCCAAAAUAUACUGCCAAGGCCUUAUUGUAAAGAAGGAGAGAAGCCAGAAUCAAAGCAGAAAAGGCUUGAAAUGAAAUAUGCAGCAUUGCAAAUUGUACCUAACAUAGACAAGUUAGGAACUGCUAAGCAAGCAUCAAUAGCUCGUGAAGGUGAUCUUCUAACUCGUGAGCGAUUAUGUUGUGGUUUAAGUAUAUUUGAAGUGGUUUUACUAAGACUUCGAGGAUUUUUGGAUGACCCCAUUUGGUCUGGACCACCACCAACAAAUGGUGUUCUUAAUGUUGAUGAAUGUACAGAGUUUCAUAGAUUAUGGAGUGCUCUGCAGUUUGUAUAUUGCAUACCUGUUGGAGAAACUGAAUUUACAGUGGAAGAAUUAUUUGGUGAAGGUCUGCAUUGGGCCGGCUGCACUAUGAUUGUUUUGUUAGGUCAACAAAGGCGUUUUGAAGCUCUAGAUUUUUGUUAUCAUAUAUUGAGAGUACAAAGAGUUGAUGGAAAAGAUGAAAUGGUCAAAGGAAUUAAUUUAAAGAGAAUGGUUGAUCGAAUAAGGCGUUUCCAAGUAUUGAAUUCACAAAUAUUUGCCACUUUGAACAAAUUAUUGAAGGGUGUUGAAGGUGACGGACAAAGUGUUGAACAUGUAAGAUGUUUCCCACCGCCUCUGCAUUCCUCAUUAGCAGCUCAUUAUCAUGACCCCAAAAUGCUGAGGCAUCAACAACAGUAAUCCACUAUUUUCAAAAUUGUAUAUGUUUUAAAAACAAAGUAAGUUUUUAUAUAAAUUAUUUUUUUUUCUUCUCUACUCUUCUUUUGAGUUUUAUGAUUUGAAAUAUAUAGAUAUAAAAAAUUGGUGUGGAUGGACUUUCAAAUCUCAACUGUGAGGGCUUGCAUGUUAUUUUCUUUAAAUAUUUAAUAUCUAUUUUUUAAUUGUUUUACAAACAUUGUUAAUUCUAUAAGUCUUUUUGACAUGAAAUGAUAAUUAUAAAGAAUAAGAGUAAUAUAAUAAUUGCAUAUAUUAAAGAUAAUAUAAUUUUAGCGCACCAGAAUUUGAAGAUUAUUCUAAAUCCUUACUUGCUUCUUAGUAGUUUUGAUUAAAAUGUAAUCUCUGUCAGGACAAAUUUAUUUCGGUAAAAAACAUUACUCCUUUACAAUAUGUACGUGUCAUGAAGAAAUCAUAUUAUUACUCUCCGAAAUUACUUUAUUUUUAAUU